UUAUCCUGAGCGCUAUGGAUGCUGCACCAGAAAUGGACCGACAUCUUGAAAUGUUGGCUCAGAGGGAAGAUGGCAGUUUGUGUCUGGCGACGUCAUCUCUAACUGGUGCUACUUGGCGAGGCAGUGUGUGGUUCUUCCAUAAUCCCAACGAUGCACCUGAGCCCCAUUUGGCUACGGCGUGGGCACGUUCGCAGUGCGGAAACACGGACAUUGCAUGGCUCAAUGAACGAUCGUUAGUGACAGGAAGUGAUGAUGGUGCUGUUGAACUGUGGGAGAUUACAGAUGGAAAUAAAGCGUUGAAAUUAGCAGCAAAACUAUCACAACACGACGAUAUAGUGCAGACUAUCAGUGUUAAUGCGAAUGGACAUUCUAUUGUCAGUGGAGGAUGGGAUUCCAAAAUCAAGGUAUGGAAUACAGAAAAAGAAUGUUGUCAGCGUAGUCUGUCAGGUCACCUUGAUACUGUGUAUGCUGUGGCUUGCAGCCCUUCAAAUCCUCACAUAUUUGUUUCAGCAUCUGAGGAUGGCUCUACCAAACUGUGGGAUAUAAGAGAUAAGAGUGAAGUCAGAUCAGUGUUUUCAACUGGAUUACAUGGUGUGGGUGUGAGGAGUGCAGCUUGGCAACCCGGGGACAAUCAGAGAAUCGCAGUUGGAGAUGCAAGAGGUCGAGUAGUAUUUCUAGAAAUCGGCAAAAAUUGUAGUAAUGUGAUAACUGAAUUUGACAUUCAAAGGGAUGCAGUCAAUAGGCUCGCAUUUUCACCACAUGAAAGAUCUUGGUUGGCAUCGGCAUCUAAUGAUGGAACUGUUGUUGUGAUGAACCUAGCAGUUAAUACAAUUAUAUAUUCAAAUUCACAGCAUAAAGAUGUUGUACGUGGUCUCUCUUGGAGUCCUACUGACAACAUUGUAUUGAGGAGUUGUGGACUGGACUCUCAACUGUUAGACCAUGCUUUGUGCCAGGAAGGAUGUGGACCAGUGCCUAUGGAAGCAGAAGCUACUGUACCAAAGUCAAGUUGACCACACGGACACAUUAGUUAGCACAAGUUGAGAGCAUCUGCCCAAUGUACAGAAAAUGUUUGCACACAACUGUUCAUAUGAUAGUGGCAAAUGGGUGACAUCAAAUUGUUGCUUGGGCUUAACUGUGCCAGACAGUUUGGUUUAGUAGUGAACAAGUCUCAACAUGUGCUGAUACAUUGUGAACUAUUGUGCACAAUCCAUCUAACCCUAACCACUCUUACAUGUAUGGUACUAUGGCAAAGAUACUCUACUCAAACAAUUACAGUAGUCUAUUGUCCUUACACUAUUUAUGAAAUUUAGAAGAAACAAUGUUAUCC